UUUUAUUAAACAGUUUUUUUAAUUUGCGGUUUUUUCACUUUUGUCCCUAACCUCAACUCAUAUGAAGGCCUGACUAAUUCCUAAAUGAAUAGAUGGCUUUUGAAAAGUAUCCUUAUCUAAAAUGUUGAUCGUGUGGUGCUUUAUCCAUUUUCCCUUUUCCCGUUUUCUUCCUAAAUAGAGAAUUGUUGUUUAAUGAUGUAAUAAAUCUGCAGUUUAGCAGAUGAUAGCGCAUUCUUCCAUCACAUAUGCAGAGGUAGUCUGAGUAAACUCAAACAAUACUUAAUGAACAGAGAGAUGGCUCAACCUCUAUAUCAAAGUUUUAAAUCCAGCCCUGAAAAUAUACAGUGAAUGGAUUUCACCAAACAAAAUCCUUCUCAUAAACAAAGGUGUUCAGAGAAGAAGAUUGUGAAGUAAAGUUCUAUUCUAAGCAAAAAGCACAAGAGAUUUGGUGAAUCUUCAAAUGACGAAUUCAUCAGCAACAUCAAAUUCGACACUGAAAUACAACACCUCCUGAGCUCUGCGAGUGCAGCAUUUUUCCGAAAGAUGCAGAGAGUGUUUGAGGAUCGGGACAUUCGUAGGUACCAAUGCUUGUUUAUAAAGCUAUUGUCCUUCCAAUUCAGUUAUACGCCUAUAAAAUGUGGAACAUAUACAGGCAUCACACUCAACUUCUGAAACAAUCCCAUCAGUGUUGCCCCCGAAAAAUCCUGCAAAUCUCUUGGGAAGACAGGCAGACAAAUGUUAGCAUUCUGGAAGAAGCAAAGACCAGCACUGAAGCGAUGAUCCUUCGCCAUCAACUUCAUCGGACUGGCCAUGUCUGAAUGCCCAAUCACCAUCUACCAAAGCAGUUACUAUAUUCUCAACUCAAGAACAGAAAAUGGAAUGUUGGUGGACAGGAAAAGAGAUUUAAAGAUAGGGUUACAGCUAAUCUUAAAAACUGGUAUAGACACCAAGAACUGGGAAGCCCUGGCCCUUGAGUGUUCUAACUGGAAGUCAGCUGUUACCAACAGUGCUGUGAAAUUUGAAGAGGCAUGAAUGGAGGGCGAAGGGGAGAAACGUGUCAAAGAAAAGUACAUCAAGCCAACCCUUCUCAGGACCGCCUUCCAUGUAGAAAUCAAUGUGAAAGGACAUGCAGAUCAAAACUAGGUCUCUACAGUCACCUACAGACAGACCUUCAAGAUCCUAUACUUGGAAGGCAAUCAUACUUGGCCACGAAGAAUUGCCUGUGAUUUGACACUCCUUACCUUUAUUUUAUGGGCAUGGCACCUUAAAACGUCAGAACAUAGGUGUUGUGUGCCAAGUUGUGUGUCAAGUUGUUCCUGACUUAUGGCAGCCCUAAGGCAAUCGUAUCCCAGGGUUUUCUGGGGCUGAGAGGGUGUGAUGCAAGGUUACCCAGUGGGUUUCCAUGGCUGAGCAGGGAAUUGAACCUUGGUCUUCAGCAUCAUAGUCUAACAUUUGAUGCUGAUUCCUUUAGAACACAGGCAAAUAUAUAUGAGAUUGAUAACUGGAUUUUAAAGGGAAUUAAUAUCUUAUUCCAAGGUCUCAUUAGUAGGCAUUUCAGGGCUUUGAGUUGACUGAAUGAUAUAUUUUAGUAGAUAAUCCUUACUAACUGGAAGUUAAAGUAGUUUUCCAUGUGGUUGUUUAGAAAUUGUGGAUCAGUCAACUGAGAAAAAGCAUCCUGAAUUAAGAAGUAGAUAAGUCAUCUUGAGAUCCUUCCUGAUAAAGAAACAGUUUUGAUUAAGAAAGGGGAUAUCCUGGAUUGCAUCGUUUUCCAACCCACAAUUUAAAGUAGCUGUCUACUGCUGUGCAUUUAUUCUAAGAUAACCAGUGGCUUCCUUCAGUUGUUGGGUGGUACUGGGCACAAAUUCAACAUAGCCUUGGAUUUCAUUGUUGGUUUGUAUGAUGGAUAACUCCGGAUUUGAACUCCAGGAAGAGAGAAUACCAGGUUCCUCAGCCAAAACAGAGAGGACAAAAGAAGAACACCCGGAAAAGAAGAGCCACUGGUCCAUGCUCAAUAUUUUUCUGCUUUGCCUCUUGGCCUGUACUAUCACCACACUGGUGGGAGUACUGAUUGUGUCCCUGGUUUGUGCCAGCAACACGGGCUUUAAAGCUGAAUCAAGAUCUAAAACAAAUGAAGGAAAUAGCGGAACUGUUGGCCAGGGAACUCCAAGAACAUCUCCAUACCAUGUGGACCCAAAAUUCCAGUUUCUCCAUCAUCUCACCAAGUCUAAGAAACAUGAAUUCCCAGGUGGUACUAUUCAGUGGGCUAGAUUUAGGAAAAAUGCCAAAGAAUACCAGAAUGAGGAAGAGAUGGCAUUUGGAAGAAGCAUCAAUGCUCAGCGCUCCCAGAUGACCUUUGGAACAUUACGGAUCAAGAGCCAAGGGCUGCGGGCUCCACACUGGCAUUUCAAUGCCAAUGAGCAGGGCUAUCUCUUAAAGGGCACUGCUUGGAUAGGUGUGGUUGAUGCUGGUGGAAGUAUUGUUACCACAUACAAUGUUACUGCCGGCCAGAUCAUUUUCUUUCCCCGCAACACACUGCACUGGCUCAAGAAUGUUGGAACAGAAGAGUGCUUAUUCUUACUGUUUUUUACAACACAUGAUGAACUACAGACUCUGGAUAUGGAUGAUACAUUUUUCUUAACACCUGAAGACAUAGCAGCAAGGUCAUUAAAGCCCCAAGGUGGAGUGGACUUCAUCAGGACGUUCCAGAAACAAGCAGAAGACCAGGCUAUCAACCUUCCACCCAACUUAGCAGAGCUUGUUCAGAGCCCUCACUAUAACCAAUCCACAGACAAUCUGGUGUGGAGGUACUUUUUUGACCUCAAAGGGUCAACUGAGUUUCGUUUUCCUGGUGGAAUAAUUCAGUGGGCUCGAUAUGUGAAAGAUGGAAAAGGCUUGAAACCCAAUGAAAGAAUUUACAGCGAGUUUCUCCAUUCGAAGGAAGAUACACUUACGUUGGGAACACUCCGGAUCUAUAGCACUGGUCUUCGCCAGCCUCAUUUUCAUUUCAAUGCCAAUGAGAUGGGAUAUGUCAUCAGUGGGUGUGGAAAGGUAGGUGUUAUUGUUUCACAUUCGCUCAGUACUGACUUCACCAUUGGUGUUGGAGAUGUUGUAUUUUUCCCAGUUGGCACACAACACUACAUCAAGAGUACGUGUGAUGAGGACUUGCUGUUCAUUUUGGCAUUCAGCACUGGAAAUCAGUUGCAAACUCUUGAUAUGGAUGACUAUUUUCAUGCCACAGCAGACCAUAUAUUGGCCCAACUUUUCUUCAAAAAACAAGAGGAGUUUAAGAAGAUCCCAAGAUUUAAUGAGGAUCAGGCAAUUAAUCUACCAUAGCAACUUGUAAUAACAACUACUAUAAAGACAUCUCCAUGAAUUCCCUGAUUAUUAAUAAACAUUAUGCUGCCUUUAAUUGUG